AUGGUUAACUUUUGCAGGGAAGAUAAAUUACUUAUAGAAUAUAGUGAGCUUAGAUGUAUAUGUUUUUUUUAUAUUUUUUUAUUAUUAUGUUUUUUUAUUUGGAUUCUACAUAAGAGAUGGGCUCGGAAUAAUAUUGAAAAAAGACACAAGUUAAAAAAUUAUGAAGCAAUUUUUAAAAGUGAAAAUGUAGAAUUUUUUAAUUACAUCUAUGAGACUAACGAUCCAAAUGAAGUUGUAGUAAAACAAGAAGGAUAUAAACAUUGUUAUAUUGGAUUCUUACUAAAAAAAAUAUCAAUAUUUUUAUAUAUAUGUACACAUAUAAUUAUAAUUAUUUUAAUAUCUAAUGAAUAUUGUAUCAAAGUAAAUAAUGAAGUAUUAUGGAAUGGUAGAGCUUUUGAAUUUUUUGUUUUUUUUUUAUUAAGUUUUAUUAUAACAUAUGGUAUAUUAAUAAUUAGAAAACAUAUACAAGGAUUAUUUUUAAAACCAGCUCUAUUAAAAGAUAGUGAUUAUAUUAUUGUUUAUACAUUGAAUGAAGAUUACACCAAUUUUUACAACUCUCAAUAUUCUAAAAAAUGUACAAAGUAUUUUAAAAAAUCUAUAUCAUAUAUAAACUAUUGGAUACACAUAUUUUCAAAAAAAAAAAAUAUACUUAUUAAAAAAUGGAAUCUUCAAAAAUAUGCUAUCCCAUAUUUACAAAUUUUUUGUGACUGCUUAGAUUUUACUCAAACUUAUAUUUCCUUACCAACUUUUUUAGAAAAUAUAAUUCAAAACAUCAAAGAAUAUAUUAAACAAUCUGAAGAAUCAUAUACAAAUAAAAAUACACACUCCUUUCACGAUACAAAAAAAAAACCUCAUAAUUUUUAUGAAAACUCAUUAUUUAAUGAAGAUAAUGUAGAUCCAUUGCCAAAUACAGAACCAAGAAAUAGUAUCAACCAUAUUGGAACCUCUCAAAAUAUAUUAGACCAAAUAAAACGUAAAAAAAAACAAAAUGAUGACAACAAAUCAGUGUGUGGAAAUUUCUCAAACAAUUCAGAUUACGAAGAUGAUGACACUCCAAAAACAAAAUUUAAAUUACAUAAAGUACAAGUUAAAACAAAUGAAAAAAAUGUAAAAUACUUUUUUUUUAGAAGCAUGAAAUAUUUAUAUAAUGAAGAAAAAGAUGCAUUUAUUAAUAUAUCUUAUAGUAUUGAAGAAAAAGUUAACAAUUUUAAUUUUAAUUAUAUUUUAAAAAAAGGUGGAUUAAAUAAUAAUGAAAUUAUAAAUAAUAUAAAUCAAUAUGGAUAUAAUAAUAUACAUUUAGAAGUAAAUUCAUUUUUUACAAAUUUAAAAAGAGAAUUAUUAGAUGGGAUCUAUAUGUUUCAACUUUUUCUUACUUAUAAAAAUUUAUUUUGGAAAGAAAUGAUUACUUCAAUCAUUUGGAUAUGUAUAUCUAUUUUAACUGUAAUUAAAAAAGUUUUAAAAAAUCAAAAAAAUAAAAAAGAAAUUUAUGAUAAUAUUCAAGCUAAUAGUAAUAUUAAUGUAACUGUAUAUAGAAAUUCAUUAGAACAACAAAUAUCAUCUAACAAUUUAACUAUUGGUGAUAUAAUUAUUAUUAAAUCUGAUAUGAUAGUUCCUUGUGAUUGUCUAUUACUUACUGGGCAAAUUCUUGUCGAUGAAAGUUUAUUAACAGGUGAAUCAAGACCUAUGAAAAAAAUUGCUAUACCUACAGAAAAUCGAGGAAAUAAUUUUAAAAAUGAAAAAGAACAAAAUCAUGAUACAUCAUUUUCAUUAAAUAAACAAAAUAAAUUCAAUCCAAAUCAUAUGCUAUAUGCUGGUACAAAUAUAAUAUCAAUUUUAAAUUCACCAGAAAAUAUAUAUGCUAUCGUAAUAAAUGUUAGUAUAUAUACUUAUAAAGGGAAAUAUAUGCAAAAUGUUUUAUUUCCAAACCCUUUACUUUUUAAAUAUGAUUCACAAUUACCAAUAGUCUUUAUGUUUACAAUUAUCUUUAGUCUAUUUUGUUUCUAUUUUCAAAUUAGAUCCUUAGGAUUAAAUAUGACAUCUGUUUUUUAUUCUAUCGGGACUUUAUCACAAAUAUUACCUGUAUGGACACCUGUCGUAUUAAAUAUCGGAUUAAAUAUUUCUACUAACCGUUUAAAAAAAGAAAAUCAUAUUCGUUGUAUUGCACCUUCAAGAAUCCCAAUUUGUGGAAAAAUCAGAAUCUUUUUUUUUGAUAAAACUGGAACUAUUACUAAUCAUAAUUUAGAAUUUUCAGGAAUACAUUUUUGUAAUAAUAUUAUAUCACCUCAAAAAAAUAUUGUAUCGAAAUUUUUUGAAAAAAAAAAUAUAGAACCCAUAACAAACAAUGAUAUUACUUCUCACCAAAAUCCACUAACCCUAACAGACCUAGCCACAAACGACCAACAAAACAAUCAAACAAUGUCACUAAUAAAUAAUGCAACAAAUACAAACACAUCUAAUAAUAAACAACCUAGUGAAAAAGAAGAUACACAAAAAGGUAUCGAUAAAAGUAAUGGAAAAAACGGAGAGAAUAGUAAGUCGGGAAAUUCAUAUUAUUGUAGUGUUUAUAAUGAAGCAGAAGAAGGAGAUACCAAUUCUCAACCAGUUGAUAAAAUAAAUUCAAGUAAAAAUAUAGAUGGAAAAAAUAUCGAUAAAUCCUCAAGUUCUGAAAAAGAUGACUUUAAAUCACCAAACUUUUCAAUUUGUGAAAAAAAUAGUAGAUCAGGUAGUGGUGAUUUAUUUCAAAGUUAUGAUGAAGCAGAGUAUCAACAACAUUCAGAAAAUGUUCCUAUUCUAGAUAAAAUAAAUAAUCAAUCUAAUAAUUUUGACCAACUUCGAAAGAAUGUAGAAAAUGAUGAAACUCCCAAUGAUAAUAUGAAUCUACCAACUAAUUCAAAUAAUGCAAAUUAUUUUACAAAUAAACAAAAUGUAAUAGAUGAAGAAAAUGAAAAAAAUAAAAAAAGUAAUUCAAGUCUUGAUGAUAAUUAUCGUAAAAAAUCAUGGAUAGGAGAUAAUAAUAAUAUAUCAAUCAUGAAUAAACAUUUUAUAGAUUCAAACUCUUCAAUAAAUUCUGUAACAUCCCUUCUUUAUAAUAGUAAAUUAGUAUGGGCAAAUAAAAUAACCCUUGAAAAUAUGCCUGAAAAUUAUAAUUUAGUUGUAUAUGCAUUAGCAGGUUGUUCAUGUAUUUAUGCUGAUAAUAAUAUUAUAUAUGGAAAUGAAAUUGAUAAAAAAUUAUAUGAAGCAACAGAUAUGAUUAUACAUAAUUAUAUUAAUGCUGAUAAUAUUAAUGUAAAAAGAAUUUCUUUAAAACUUGAUUCUGUUUAUAAAUCUUUUGAUAUUAUAAAAACAUUUGAAUUUGAUUAUUACACAAAAAUAUCAACAACUUUAACUUAUGGCUAUUUUGAUUUUCCAGAAAAAGUACAUAUCGUAUUUUCAAAAGGAUCAUUUGAUAAAAUAUAUCAAAGAUGUAUAAAAACAGAUGAACUUUAUUUUUAUAAACAAAAAGAACAAGAGUAUAGUAAAAAUGGAUUCUAUGUUAUUGCUUUAGCAUUUAAAAUUAUUUAUGAUCUACCAAAAAAUAAAACCAAAAAUAAUUUUUUAAAUUUAACAAGAGAAGAAAUGGAAACUGAUAUGAAUUUUCUUUCUUUAAUUAUGUUUAACAAUCACAUAAAAGUAGAUGCACAUUAUGUAAUACAAACUUUAAAAGGUUCUUGUAUCCGUCCUAUUAUUUUAACAGGUGAUAAUGCAUAUAAUUGUUUAUAUGUUGGAAAUAAAAUCGGAUUAUUUAAUAAUAUAAAUACUUAUGAAUCAUUUUACUCUCUCAAUGUCAAUUCUAAUGAUAAUCUAGAUUAUUCAUCCUCAAAAAAAAAUGCAAAUUUUUCAAAUCAAAAUCGUUUUAAUUCUAGUAAUACAAAAUUUAUGUCAUUUGAAAAUCUCUUUAAAUAUAAUUCUAAAUCAAACCAUUUUAAUAGUUCAGAAAAUUAUUCUCAAAUAAAUAAACAGUACCUUCAAAAUUAUGGCUAUCAAGAGGAUCCACAAGAAACAGAACCCCUAAAUAGUUCCAAAAAAAAACGGGAUCAAUCACAAAACAUAAAAGAAAAUCACAAUGUUAAUCAACUUGGAAAUAAUAAUGAUGGUAUGAUGAUGAAAAACCAACACAACUCAAAAUAUAAUACCCUUAACAAUGCUAAUCAAUAUGAUAGUAGCAUUCAUGAUACACAUGCAUCUAAGAUAGAAGAAGAAUACCUUUUAGAAUCAUAUAAAAAUAUGAAUCCCAUAAAUGGAAAAAUGCAUAAUUAUCAAAUAGAUGAAGAUAAUUAUGAAGAAAAUAUUAUAAUAUAUGGUUAUCUACUAAAUGGUGAAUUAAUAUUUGUUAAUAUGCAAAACGAUAAAAAAAUUAAUAAUACAAUUGUUUUAUAUAAAGAUAUAUAUAAAGAAAUAAUAUUAACAGGUGAAGCAUAUAACUAUAUAAGAGAUCACAUUUUUAAAAUACAAAAGUUUGAAGAUGAAAUGAAUUCAAAUCUAAUUAAUAGUAACAAUGCAUAUAAACAUAAUUCAAAAAAUAUAAAACAAGAUCCUUCGAUAGAAGAAUAUAAAAAUUUCCUUUUAAAAGUUCGAAUAUUUUCAAGACUUACACCAAAUAAUAAAAUGGAAAUAAUUAAAGAUUUUAUUAAAUUUGAUUAUAUAUCAGGUAUGUGUGGUGAUGGUAGUAAUGAUUGUGGUGCUUUAAAAACAUCUCAUGCUGGAUUGGCUUUAUCAAAUUCUGAUACAUCGGUAGUAGCACCAUUCAGUGCAAAAAAUGAAAAUUUAAAAAGUGUUAUAGAUAUAUUAAGAGAAGGUAGAGCAUGCUUAGUUACAUCUAUAAAUUGCUAUAAAUAUAUGCUAUUAUAUGGAUUCAUGAUAUCAAUUAUAAAAAUUAUUCUUUUUAUGCGUGCUCAUGCAAUUAUGUCAGAAUAUGGCUAUUUAUUCUUCGAUAAUAUUAUAUUAUUAUUAUUAGCUAAAUCUAUGACAUUAUCAAAACCUGAAUAUAAAUUAAAAACACAGACACCUACUUCAAGUAUUAUUGGGGCACAAACUAUACUAUCUUUAUUAUGUACUCUUAUUGUUAAUUUUUUCUUUUUAUAUUUUAUUAUGUUUAAAUUUUUUUUUGUAUGUAAUUUGCCAUCCUCCUAUUACAUUAAUACUUCAGCCCCUAAAUCUGCUUGGUGGCUUAUGAGCGAUAACUAUGAGAGCUUUCUUGCCUGUAUUUGGUUUUGCUUUCAAAUUGUUAAUAGCGCCUUUAUAUUAACACUUGGGGGAAAAUACCGGAAACACAUCUUCACUAACUAUACAUUUAUGACGUACUAUGGCUUAAUAAAUAUAUUUUUGUUUUAUCUAACUGUUGGAGGACCAAACAAACUGACAUGCCUUUUCCGUAUGAACUGUAAUGAUGAAGUUUCAAGACAAACAAAAUUCAAAAUCUUAGAACUAUUUUCAUAUUCAGCUGGAGGUUUAUCAUUUUAUGGUCCCAAUGGCAAUAAUAUCCUAAGUACUGAAAUUAAAAUAAAAUUUCUUUUUUUAAACUUUUUAAAUAUAAUCAUUAAUAUUUUAAUAUCUAAAUAUGUUUUAUGUGAAAGAUUUUAUAAUAUUGUCAGAAAAAUUUUUAAAAUUCAAAAUAGACGAGUUCCCACUUAA